AUGUCGGCCGCAGAUACAUCAGAUCCCACCACCAGCCAAAGCCAACCCCCUGCAUCCGGCCAGAUACAGACUUUCCUUCAAUCCAGCUUCUUUAAGGAGCGACGCGCGCCUACACUUCCUAGCCCAGCUGAGAUCAGAGCUCGCAACAUCGAGGUGGGUGGUCUUUGGGCCACGAAUUUUAAUCGCCCACCACCCGUCAUAUACUCGUCGCUAGGGCUUCUUGUCAAGUAUGGUGGUGAUGUCAAACACGUCGAGGCUCAGACUCAGAUGAUGGUGCGCGAGCGACUACAAGGCAAAGUCCCCGUCCCUGAGGUCUUUGGUUGGGCCGAGGAUGGACGCCAGGGGUUCAUCUACAUGGCCUUGAUAGAGGGCGCGACCUUGCAGGAGAGAUGGCGUGACCUAGACGAAAACGCGAGGUGUUCAGUUUGUGAUGAACUGAAAGAAAUGCUAGCGGCAAUACGGGCUUUGGAGCAAGAUAGUCAUGAUCCCUAUGUCGGCUGUGUGGGCAAGCAACCACUGAGGGAGAUUACCCUGGCCGAUUAUGAAACGUUGGCUGGUCCGUUCUUAGGCGCAGACGCCGUCCAGCAGUUCCAAGAUGCGUAUGGAAUCAUGAUGGCAAGCGGUGCAUCGCCCAUUGUGUUUACGCACGCUGACCUCGUCGCACCCAACAUCAUGUUGUCGCUGGGGCCGAACCCGAAAGUGGCGGCCAUUAUUGACUGGGCCCAGUCAGGGUGGCUUCCUUCGUACUGGGAGUAUUGCAAGUCGAAACGGUUGAAGUUGUACGAGACUGAAUACUUCAGCGAAGCUCUCGAGGAAGAGUGGCAGACAAAGUAUCUCCCAAAAAUCUUGGACCCGGUGGAUACCGAGACGUGCUACUAUCCCUGGCUCUAUUUUGUCUCGGGCAAGGGGCACUGA